AUUAAUCCUAAGAAUAAUGAGGAGUGUUGUUUCGGAGCUUGAGGGCACCCUUUUGAAGGACCCUAAUGUGUUCUCCUAUUUCAUGCUAGUCGCAUUCGAGGCCUCGGGCCUCGUUCGUUUCGCGCUGCUGCUAAUGCUGUGGCCCCUCGUUCGCCUUCUCGAGGCGUGUGGGAGGGGCGAUGAGGGGCUCAAGCUCACCGUGUUUGUGGCGACGGCCGGGGUCCGUUUUCAGGAGAUUCAAUCCGUGACUAGAGCGGUUUUGCCUAAGUUCUUCUUUGAUGAUUUGAAUAUGGAGGCGUGGAGUGUUUUCAGCGGCGGAGAUAGGCGAGUCGUGGUGAGUAAAAUGCCGAGCGUCAUGGUCGAGAUGUUCGCCAUGGAUCAUUUGAGGGCCGAUGAGGUUAUCGGAACCCAGCUCUCGGUUAACCGGUUUGGCCUCGCCACCGGUUUUUUGAAGCGUGAUUUUGAUUCGAUUGCGGAGGAUGUGGCCGAGUUGUUUGGCGACAACUGUGGUCGACCUAGUGUGGGACUAGGGAGACUUGGUUGUGGUUCGGGUCCAUAUUUUCUUCCUUUGUGUCAGAUGUCAACAUGUAGACAUUGCAUGUCAACAGAAGGCAUAACAUACAAACAAUGCCAUCCACCAUUUCCAAAUGUGAGUGGUGCAAAACAUAUCCUCCGCCCUAUGCCAGUGAUCUUCCACGACGGUCGCCUUGCAAAGCGACCGACGCCCGGGGCUGCCCUCCUAAUCCUCGUAUGGAUCCCUCUAGGGAUCCUCCUAGCGGCCGUCCGGAUCUCGGUGGGCCUAACCCUACCAAUGUGGGCCAUCCCAAGAGUGGCCCCCAUCUUCGGGGGAAGGGUGGUGGUGAAAGGCACCCCUCCCCCGCCAGCCUCAGAUUCCAACUCCGGGGUCCUAUUCGUCUGCACCCACCGGACUCUAAUGGACCCAGUAGUCCUCUCCGCCGUCCUCCAUCGCCGGAUUCCGGCGGUGACGUAUUCAAUCUCCCGGUUAUCGGAGAUCCUCUCCCCGAUCCCCACCGUCCGGCUGACCCGGAUCCGCGACGUGGACGCGGAGAACAUAAAGCGAGAGCUGGAGAGAGGCGACCUCGUGGUGUGCCCCGAGGGGACGACGUGCCGGGAGCCGUUCCUACUCCGGUUCAGCGGGCUGUUCGCGGAGCUGACGGACCGGAUCGUGCCGGUGGCGAUGAAUUAUAGGGUGGGGCUGUUCCACGCGACGACGGCGAGGGGGUGGAAGGGGAUGGACCCGAUCUUCUUCUUCAUGAACCCGAGGCCAGUUUACGAGGUAACGUUCCUUAACCAGCUGCCGGCGGAGGAGACUUGCUCGGCGGGAAGGAGCCCUCACGACGUGGCGAAUUACGUGCAGAGGAUUCUGGCGGCCACGCUGGGGUUUGAGUGCACUAACUUCACGCGGAGGGAUAAGUACCGUGUGCUCGCCGGGAAUGAUGGGAUGGUGACGCAGGGGAGGAGUCCGGUGAAGGAUGUGGCCAAAUUGGUGAGGAAAGUGGUCGGGGGUUUCGUCUAUUAGACGACGGAUUUUGCUGUUGCUUUUCUACACAUAUUUUAUGUAUAGUACUAGUAUUUUAAUUGAGUGUAUAUUGUGUAGAUGUAACGAGGUGUGUAAUGAUGGUAUAUAUUUUUAUGGAGUACUAUUCAAUUUCAA